CAUUGUUGUGAAAAGAGAAGGAUAGUAAAAAUGGUAGUUUGGUCAUAAAUGAUAAACUUUAGGCAAAAUACACUUGUAUAGCCAAAACUUUGACGGUUUUGCCAAAUAUAGCCACUUUUGGCGAAAUACCAAAAAUAACCACUUUCGUCCAAUUCUUUGACGGUGUAAUUUAACGUGCUGACUGGACUAACAACAACAGUUGACGUGGCAUAUUUCAUUAAAAAUAAUAUGAGGUGGAAAUCCAUCAAAGUUUAUUCAUUUAUUUUUAUUGUUAAAUAAAAAUUAUUAAAAAACAAAAAAAUUCUUUUAUUCUCCUCUCCUCCUCUCUAGUUUACUCUUCUCUAGCACUAUUCCGAAAAGCUUCUUUCCACCGCUGUUGUCGAUUUCCUUCUGCAUCAACACCCGAAGCUCUAGGAAGACGACGGAACUAAGAAGGUCGUUUAGUAUCAAAAUGUCGAGCGAUUCAUCAUUGUUGUCCCAAUUGCUGUCUCACUCCAUUACUCUGCCCCGUCCCAAUCGCAGAAGGAGAAGCCCCGACGACAACAGUGGUGGCUCGCAAAUUCAGUCUCAAAUCUGGUCACAACAAAGAUGGAUCUGGCCGCCAUCUUCCACCAUGCACUCUCUCCCUCCAGAUUCGGCGAUUCGUGCUCACUCUCCGCUUCCACCUCUUCUGUCGCAAAGGUAUAGCUUCGUUGGUGAAUCCGACAUCGAUCCCGAGCACGACGCGACGCCGCCCAGAACAAUAGAAGGCUUCCAAUCGCUCACCACUGUUAGCUCGGCGGCGGCGGUGCCAUUCGUGAUCUUUCCUCUGAUUUUGCCUGCUAAAUUGAUCUUUGAUUCCACUUUGUCGACGGUCAAUCGGAGUCCAGAUCCAUUCUCGUGGUUUGCGCUUUCCAAGCUACUAGUCCAUGGGUUCUUCUUGGUCGAGUGAAGAGGGAAGAAGGGUUCUGGGUUUAGCGGUGGAUAUACUGCAAUCUAGGGAGGGAGAAGGGUUUACGGUGGCUCAUUAUGUUGGGGAAAAGGGAAGAGGAAGAAGAUGGAGGGCGAGACGGGAGUAGGAAGCAUUUUAAAUAUUUAAUUUUUUUACAUAAAUAAUUAAAUACUUUUAAUAUAAAAUAUGACGUGUC